GGAAUAAAUAUUGUUGCUAGAACAUCUACACAGUUAACUUAUAUCUAGCUACAAUCUCUUGGCCUUGUUCACCACCACCAACAUCACAAAAAAACAUGGAGAUUUUGUCACAAAUGUGGUCUCUUCUCGGCCUUCUAACAGUUCUCCAAAACAUCUUACCCGCACAGCUUCUGUCCCUUGUCCACUCCUUGUACGAGUCAUUUCAAGACCUCAUCUCCCCGUAUUCCUACUUCGACGUCCCCGAGUUUAACGGCUACUGUGGCGUCGAUAUGAACGACCUUUAUCGCCAUGUCAAUCUCUAUCUCAACUCUCUCAACUCUUCCAUCACUGCCCGACGCCUUACGCUCUCUCGUUCGAAGUCUUCGAAUUCUAUCUCCUUCACUCUUGCUCCUAAUCAAACUCUUGCUGACUCUUUCAAUGCUCACACUCUUUCUUGGACUCAUUAUGUCGAAACUGUUCCGGAUUCUUUAGAAGAGAAACGUAGCUUCACUCUCAAGCUACCUAAGCGCCAUCACCGCGCCCUUUUACCACCUUACCUCCAGCACGUCACGUCUCGUGCUGAGGAGUUUGAGCGGGUUUCGAGGGAAAGAAGGCUCUUUACUAACAAUGGUAAUGCUUCUUAUGAGUCCGGAUGGGUUUCGGUCCCUUUCCGCCAUCCUUCUACUUUCGAUACGUUAGCACUCGAGCCGCAAUUGAAGAGGCAAAUAACGGAGGACUUGAGAGCAUUUUCUAAGGGUAAGGAGUUCUACCAAAGAGUCGGACGUGCAUGGAAGCGGGGUUACUUGCUUCACGGUCCACCAGGGUCCGGAAAGUCAAGCCUAAUCGCUGCAAUGGCUAACUAUUUGUGCUAUGAUGUUUAUGAUCUUGAGCUCACCAAAGUGACAGACAACUCAGAGCUGAGAGCUUUAUUAAUACAGACCAGCAACAGGUGUAUUAUUGUGAUCGAAGACAUAGAUUGUUCUGUGGAUCUAACUGCUGAUAGAGUGGUUAAGAGUAGGAAAAGAUGCCAGCAACAGCAAGCAUCCAAAGAAGAAGACAGCGGUCGCGUCACCUUAUCAGGGCUGCUCAACUUCACUGAUGGAUUGUGGUCAUGUUGUGGAGAGGAAAGGAUCAUUGUUUUCACAACAAAUCAUAGAGACAAUGUUGAUCCUGCGCUGGUUAGAUGUGGCCGUAUGGAUGUGCAUGUCAGCUUAGGCACUUGUGGGAUCUAUGCAUUCAAGGCCUUGGCCUUGAACUACCUCGGAAUAGACUCCCAUUCUCUAUUCGAUCUAGCCGAGAGCUGCAUAAGAUCCGGUGGCUCUCUCACGCCAGCACAGAUUGGCGAAAUUCUGUUACGGAACAGAGGAAAUGCUGAUGUAGCAAUGAAGGAGGUGGUGGCUGCUAUGCAAGCUCGAAUUUUGAGCAAGGAGCAUUUGACAGAUUAUGAAGAUACUGCAACCAGGUCACCACAGAGUGUGUUGACGGUGGGUUCACCGGAUAAUUGGGACUCGUCGCCGGGGAGAAUCGGCGGGAAGAAGAGAAAGGAAAAUAACUUGGAGAAGAAGGCAAAGUUUCUUCUUAGACUUAGAUCUUUCACCAAGUCUGACUCUGGUAAAAGGGUGAUGUGAAUGAGUCAGCACAUUUAGUUUUUGACUUGUUGGUGAAAUGUAAUUUGUCACUCGACCCUAAUUUAGGCUACUUUUAAUGUUUUGUCAUUCUUAUUUAUGCUCAAAUGUAAAGUUUCUGGAAAAUUAUGAUUUUUAGCAUCCUCCGGUAAUUUUUUCUUA